AUGCCUCCAGUUAUACUUCUGAUAGUAUUAGUACUUGGGUGCUAUUCAAGAACAUCCUCAGCCAGUACUUGUCAGUACUCCCCAGUAGAUGACGAUGAAAUUAAACAGCUAAUUCCUUAUUUUGAUAAAACAUCUAGUACAAAAAUUCUCGAAUACACCAUUGGUAUACAAAACAAUGAUUCUUUACUUAUUGAUGGGAGGUGGUUUAGAACACAAGGAGACGGAAGUUACAUCUUACUUCUAGCCUUUAACUUCUACUACGGUCUAUAUAAUUGGAUAAUCACUUCAGUCGCCUCAAUAGAGACAAAGAAAAUAAAUAUCUCUGUUGACUCAGUGGAUUGCUACCUGAACAAAACAGACGAUGAAAUCAAAAUUGAAGUUUAUAAAUACCUACUAAACGAUUUUGGCAUAGAUGGAGAGUUACAGAUACCAACUUUUACAAAGUGCAAUGAUGUGCAGAUAUGCCGGACAGAAUCAGGAUCGGAAAGUAGUAUAUGGCCUCCAUUUAAAUGUUGUGGGUAUGAUUUAAACAAACAAUUUUCUUGCUUCGACGAACACCAAGAUACUACAGUCAAAGCUUUGCAUAUGUUACUUAAAGUUAUUGCUGUAUUUAUUGAUGUAAUACUUCUAUAUUAUUACUCAUUCAAAAAAAGUACCUUCAAAUUUUAUUACACUCCACCGGGGAAUAUUCAAAGUGUAAACAAAAAGCGAAUAUUGCUAGCUGAUAGUUCAGAUUUGAUCUCGGCUGGAGGUCCAGUUCAAAAUGCUACACAUUUCUUGUUCUUCAAAUAUACAGUACAUAAGUUAUGCAUGCUGCCUAAGUGCUGUCAAUGUGUACCAUCUUGGGUACGCAAAAUACACUCUAGAGAACGGAUACUACAAUUUAUCUCUUUACUGAUGUUAUUGCCUUACGUUUGCGACAACACAAAAAAUUAUCUUUCGUAUAUUUUAGGAGUUGGUUCAGCUAGUUUACUUUGUGGUUUAUUCUUGCAUGACAUAUGUGGAAAAAGUUGUGAAUAUUUAGUGAGACGUCGUUGUAAUAAAAAAUUUGCUGAAUGGGUAGCCAAGGGAACAAAGGGUUUAUAUAUUUGUUUUUGGUUGUUUUUGAUUUACUUUAGUGUAAGCUACAUUGUACAUUUUGUGGUAAUGCUUUUAAUUUGUUCUAUUGCGUAUAAUGAUCUUGCUGAAAAAUAUCUUACUGCUAUUGUAUUUUUAAUUAUUUACGCAAAUAAAGUAUUUGAAGAGUUGAAAAGAAAUUAUGCUGAUUUCCUGAAUGAAAUUGUGAAGCGAAUAGACGAAGCAAUAAAUAAAGGACUUUUUAAAAUAAAUAACAAGACCUUGAGAAAAGCAAACAUCUACACUGAUUUUGUAACUGAUAUUCUGCAGUUAAUUGAUAAAGCAAUUAACGGAAAAAUGUCGGAAAUUAUCAAUUUGAGAAUAGCUAAGACAGCAAAACAAAAAACAUACAAAGAUUUUGAGAAGAAUAUUAAGAAGGUGUUUGACGAAGCCAAUGAAGAGAUAACAAUGUCACCACAGGCUUCAAAUUACACGUGCUUAGCAAAACAAAAAACAUACAAAGAAUUUGGAAAGAAUAUAGAUAGGAUGUUUGACGAAACCAAUGAAGAGAGAACAAUGUCACCACAGGUUUCAAAUUUCACGUGCUGUGCAAAUGUUGGAUAA